UAUUACCGUUUGCAUUGUGCACUUCACGUACCGUCUGAUGUUCGCUUCAUCCUCAAAGUACGAAUUACGACCGGCUUAUUCUACCAUUCAUACAGGUACAGAAUUAAAUUACUUUUUUUUUUUUUUGUAAAUUUGUAAUAACAAUGAGUAAAAUAGUGAGAAAAGCAAAUAAAGUUUGAUUGUUAGGAACGGUUGAAAAAGUAAUAAGUGAAUGUACUGAUUUUCCACCAUCUAAAGACGAUAUUAUUCGACAUUUUCUCUAUAUUUGGGCAAAAAAAAAAAAACAAAACAAAACAAAAGUAUACAAGAAAGCGCUCGUGUCUAGGAGCACAACAUCAUAAGAAAAAUAAAAAAUUACACGAAAUAUGAUUCUCGGUAUAUAAGUUGUUUGCAGGUAGAAAAAAAAGAAGAAAAAACACACAUGGUAAUAGAAUCUAAAACAAAUCACGACUACAGACUAGGCUGGUCAUGAUUUUUUCCCCCCAAAAUUGUUAAUCACUAAAAGACCUAUGUUUUAAAAUCGCAAGAUCACCUAAUUUCGUUUAGCGCUUAAAGCCCGUCUUCUUUUAUUUUUUGAAUUCGAGAACCGGUGACUGAUGAAAAUAUAAAAAAACUCAGAUUUUGUGAUUUAUUUUUGAAAAUAAUGUCGAUGCCCGGCUUUGAAAACUGAAAUAUUGAAAUAACGAUAUUAUACUACGGUACGAUACGGUAGAGAAUAUUCAAAAAACAAUUUAAAUCGUCGUUUCAACGAAUUACUGUAGUCGAAAAAAAAUAUAUUUAUAUUACAUUCCAUGUUCUAUAUAUAGUCGUCAUUUGAUUUAUCAUUUCCGGGGGGGGGGGGUUCUAUUUUCACACAAAUUGAUUCGCGAAAAACGUCUCACGAUUUAUAAUAUUAAAUAGAUCUAUUCAUACAGGUAUAUAUAUAUAUAAGAAAAAAACCAAAUCAUUAAAUAUUCCCGGUUGGGUUCGUAUGUUUACAUUCUAACAGAGUCCAUAUAAUAUAACAAUUACGUAACUCUUAAUACGACUUUGAUGCGUUUAUUUAUUUUAAUAGGUAAUAUUAAUAUUAUAUAAUAGGUACAACUUGUUUUUUACAUUUUUUUUUUUUUUUUUAUCGGAAUUUAUCGUGUUUUUUUUUCACACGUGGAAUAUUUUAUUGUAGCCUUUAAUCUAUGAAUUAUAAUCCAACCCGAUGUAAAUUUAAACAAACAAUACUAAUCUUAUCAUAUCUAUAGAAACGUGUAAGUAGGAUUUAAAAUAUCAAUGUUGUUAUAUUAUAUAUUAUGUUAUCCGCUGCCUGUGCCUUAAUGUGAUUUAGCCCAAUGACAGUUCAAAUAAAUUGUUGUUUACAUUUCCAAGCUGUAAAGAUUAAAAACUAUAAAUUUCGUGAUUCAUACUCGGCGUGUUAUCCGACACAUAAUAAUAACAAAAAAUGAUAACUAAUCUCAACGAUAAAGGUCAAACAAUUACUUAUCUUAUAUUACAUACUAGUCGUACUCAAAACAUUUAUAAUGGAUUUUCAACUCGGUUGCUAUAAAAAACCGAACAAGGAAUCAUACUACAACCCUUUAUGCAUGAUAUGUAUACAAUUAAUUUUAUGUAGGUUGCGGUGGUAACUUGAUGGGCACCCACUACAUUUUUGUUACGCGCGUCUAUAGAUAAAAUACCCGUGAGCGGCGUGAACACCAAAAUUCCGUCGCAGUGCCUCACUAUAGUCGAAUUUUCCUCACGGCCGUCUUAAUACCAUUUCCGUUACUCGAUAAUUGGAGUGGUAUGUGUGAGAUUGUUAAAAACCCAAUCGAUUAUGUAAAUAAUAAUUUAAAAAAAAAAAAAAAAAAAACCAUGAAACCUGAGUGUAAAAAUGACGGAAGCCGAUAUGAAAUCGACCAGUUGCCCUCAAUGGCUGUUUUCGGCAUUUAAAAAAUAUAUCAGUUGUCCCAAUCCAAAUGCAUCAGUUGUCUUCGCCGCAUUUAAAAUACCGCGUAAAUAGUGAGAAGAGGGGAAUUUCAGCGAAACGCGAAAAUUGAGAAAAUCGUGUAUGGUUAGCCGAUGAAUAGCCGACUGCAGGUACCUAUAUAAUAAUAACAAUAAAUUAGACUUAAUCGCAAUACGCGUAUUAUUGUUAUCUUUAAAAUAUUUUCUUUAUUUCAAUUUUUUGUUUUUGAUAAAAUGUAUUAUACUAAUAAUUGUUAUUAUCGUUGAAAAUAAUGUAUUUACUAUUUUAUUAUAUAUAUUUACAUGAGAAUUUAUCUCUCCUAUUUUAAGAUGGAUGUAGUAUUAUGACCGUGUUUGUAAUAUGUUGAGGGUAGCUUUUGCAUUUUAAUCUAGGUAGAUGAGGGUAAUCGGUUAAAAAAAAGGUACUUUUGAAGACAACUAUAAUACAUGGGCCCGUUUAAAUACCCAACAUUAGCACUUAUUUGGCACUAACGCAAUAAAUACUCAAAUGUUUUAUUCAUCUAAUUAUCUAAUUAACACUUUCCUUCCGCAACAAUUACACCGUGAAAUUGAUAUUUAAAUUUCAACCCAAUUCGUAUCACUUAUUCCCGCCUGUAAAACCGCGACUCUAAUUCUCGAGCUUAAGUUCAUAUAUUUGGUAGGAAAAUUCGCCUAAAAUAAACGCAUUGAAAUUAUUUUUGUUUGAUAAAAGAUAUAACUCUGUACAGUGUAUAUAAUUUGAAGUGAUGAACAUUAACAAAGUCAUUUCGCGUUUCGCACGUUGCUUUCGCGUACCUAUAGGGUUAAAUAUCAUACACGUAUACAUUAUUAUACACACGUAAUAACUACAAUUGGGCAACAUACAAGUGCGCGUAGCGUACGAAAAUCAAAUUUCGUAUUUGCGGCGGAUGACUCGCGUAUACGUAUUAUAUGUAUCCAAUUUUCGGAGAACAUUUGCGCCAUAUUUUGCAAACGUACGAUCAAUUGAUGCAAGUACAGUAGAAAGUUUCGAGUUGAAAGUUUAUCGCCGCAUAUAAUUAUUCUAUGGGGUAAGUACUCAUAUGCAUUUCAAUCAUAUUAUUUGAGUAUAUUAAAGUAAACGUAGGCAGAGUGCAGGUUAUAAACGUAGAUAAUAUUCGUAUAAAUAUUGUUUUCAUAUAAUAGCAGGCAGUUCCUUUUAAGGAAAAUCUACGACCCGGUUAAGAAUAACGAAACACAGAUAUUAUACGAGGAGUAAGUUAUAGUAAUGGCUAUUAAAAAAUUAUAUAGGAUUGUCAAAAUUUCAAUUGACCUGUUGAAAUUACGGUGAAAAAAAACUCCUCUAGAAAUACUUAACAACGUUUUUCUCCAUAAGUGCUGUACAAUUACAUUUUUUUUUAUAAUUAUUUGCUAUCCAAUUAACUCAAUUAAAAUUGUUUUGAAUUUAAAAGUUGAAUAACUAAAAUAUUUUUCCGAUUUUCAAUAGGUAUAAAAUAUUUACUAUUUAGUAUCAAGUAUUUAAUAACUUAUUUUCUAAAAUUCAAAUUUUUACAAUUUUAUGGUUCUCAUUUUAUUUUUCAGUUGAAAUAAAACAUGCCAACUUGAAACGAAAAAAAAGAAAGAUUUCGACAAUUUUGACGUGUCAAAAUAUGGCCAAUUGUCCAUGAAAGAUUUUGACCGGUCAAAAAACUCAACCCUAUUAUUAUAUAGGUGAUUUUUGUAACGUAAAACACCCAGGUUAAAUUACAUUAAAAAGUAUUAGUUUUUUGCGGAAUUUUAUUGUUUUAAACAAUUUAGAAAAUAAACAGCUAAAAUUUUACUCUACUAUUAUACAGUCUUAUUUCCGGAGAUUAAGUCAUUACUUACUUUUAAUUUUUAAAGGCAAUCUUUGCUACAACACAAAUUCCACAAAUAGAUCACGUUUUGGUUCAAAUAAACUUUGAUGUUGACGUCUUUUAAUUUCGUCACGUUAAAGAAAUAUCUCAAUUUUAAGUUUAACGGUUUGACGGGCUUUUAAGUUUUAUUUUUGUGAGAGGGGAGUACCUAGUGGCCACGGCCCCAGUGCCCCUCCGCUAAUUACUUCGUAACAUUUUUCCUCGCAUAUCCACCUAUAAAUUCGGCUCUGCGCGUUGUCACAGAUUACAUUCGGAUUUGCUCUAAAUCUACUUGAAAAAGAUAAAAAUAAUAAUAAUAAUAAUAAAAACAGUGAAUAAUUCUUUAGUUAGUUGGUAAUCAUUUUUCCUCACCGCGUAUCAAUACCAUUAUCUGUGAUGUAUCUCGUCACGGACAUAAAAUCGCGCGGUAAUCGCUAAUUAUUAUUAUAACAAUGGAAACAACUGCCAAACGCCAAAUCAGGUCAAUGUGUUAACGAUAUUAGUUCGAGGAACCCGAUUCGUUACGAUAAUGAGCCCGUACAUUAAAAUCCCGUGGCAAAAUAUUGUUGUAUGCUGAAAGUCCGUAAAAAACAAAUACACUUUAACAUUUUAUGUGUGGGUAAACAAAACGAAAUCAUUAUUGCGUUUCACGUACGCGUGGGCAAUAAUAAUAGAGAGAAAAAAACGGGCUUUUCGAAACAAAAUGUUCAUAAAUAUUUUCGAAUUCAGAAUUCGUGGAAUGCCUUUACCUACUUUUAUGCACACCUACUCAAAAUGUAAAAAUGGUAGUAUUUGAUAGAACGCGCUUUGAUUUUUCAAUUCUUACAAAAAAACAAUUGUUAUUAUAAUAUCGAUGCUUGCAGAUUGAUGUAUUAUAAUUUUCAAGUUGAUUUUAAAUUUUCGAAAAUUAAAAAAAAAAAAAACACAUUCCGAUCAGUUAAAUAUUUUUGAUAAAUUUAAAUUGGAAAUUAUAAUACUUAUUCCCGAACGCAAAAUCAACUACACAUUUGUUCGUGUUUAUAACGAAUUUUAUCGUAAAUUUGAGCCUUAAACGCUGAUAAAAAUAAACUACGAAAUUUGUAUCCACGCGAAACCAAAAAAAAAAAAAAACUCGAUAGUAAAAAAUAAUUAUUUAAUAAGUCAAGAAACGUCAGAAUAUAUUAAAAGUUGUACUGCGUCUACAAAAAGUGCUUAUAAUCGGUGAAAUUUUCAAGUCUCACGUCAUUAUUUUCACCCCUGAAUUAUAAAUAAAUAAAUAAAUAAUAAUGAAAAUAGAAAAAUAAAAACGAAAAAUCGCAUAAAUAUGUCUUCCGGACAUUUUACUCUGUAUUAUUCAGAAAAGUAAGAAAAAUAACAAAAAAAAUGACUGAGUCGUCAUCACAUUGAUUAGGUUAAAUUUUCUAUCGGCAGCCGUCACUAAAGAUGACGACUAGAGUGAGAUUUCUAGUCGAAAAGUAAAACACAAUAUAAAACUAAAAUAAAAAACCUUUAUACUAUAUAUAACGGACAUACUUCGCACGAUGGUUGGGCACUGUUGUAGGUGAGAAGUUAUGCAUGUUUUGAAAACCCACAAUAUUUAUGAUUUGUAAAAAAUACUUUUUGUACAGUUUCUUGUUUUUCCCAUUUAUUAUGAAAAAUUCACUAAGUACGAUUCUAUUAAAAUUUCCUUUCAAGAAAAGUGUUAAACUUGAAAAUCAGAGCAAAAUUUCUGGUAGAGAAUUGGUUCACGGCAAAAAAAAAAAAAAUAAUAAUAAACAUCAUGGUAAAACCAAUAUAUAAAAAUUGAAUACCUAUUUAUUACGCGUCUAAUACACCGUCGAUAUAAGAAGUACGUUUUACCAUGUUGUUUUAUAUCGCAAAGCAAUGUCAUUAUUUUUUUUUUUUUUUACACUUGUUUAUGCCUGACACAAUUAAUUCAACAUACUCACGGAUUCAUUGUUGUUUUUUUAUUCGACAGUGUUACAUAAUCGGCCGAACAGCCGUAAAUAGGCACGUAUCGACGAAACAAUAUCGGAAUAAUUACACGGAUAUACCGUGGGCAUGUUAUCAAUCCGUUCGUAAUCUGUUAUCAGUCGAUAACGAUGACGGAUUGCGUAGUACCGUCCAGAAUGAACGUUUACCGUACAAAAUUACGAUUAUACACACAACGGUAAUAUGAACGCAUUCGUUUCCGCACCACCUUGGUCCUUGAGGUAGAAUCAUUUGGCGCGUUUUGUUUUUUACAUGGUUUCCCCAGUAGGCCCGGUCCAUGUUGUCAAUAACAAACACAAAGUAUGAACACCGACAAGAAGCCAAUAGCCGUCAAUAUUAUAAAAGAGGAAUAAGAUGCUAAAAAUACAUCUAAUUCAUUAUUUGAUUUAAUUGAGUAAAACAAAUUGUUUAAGGUGAAAGUAAUUGUACAACAAUAUUAAUAAAAAAAACUAAGACUAAUAAUAAUAUACCACUGUUCAAUACUGGAUAAUGGACGAGUACGACCUUGUAUGAGAAUUUCGGCACACUAAUCGAAUCAGAAAGAACACUGAAUACGGGCAUAUAAGGGUUCAAAUUAAUUUAAUACUCGAAAUUCAGGAUUCGUUACAACCGAACCCGUAUUUUUAACUCCUGGUGCCAGGGGACCUUACCAUCUGCAUCGGUAAAAAUUUAGAGGCAUUAAAUCGAAGCGAGGUGAUGGAGUAGAAUUUUAAAUUUAUUGUUAUUUUUACCUAAUAUUCGUGAUUUUUAACCCUAUUUUAAUCCCCCGAAACCGUGUUUUUAUUUCUGGGUAUUAAAUAAAAAAUUAUAUUAAAAAUGAACUACUAUACUUAGAAAUUAUGUUUCCAAUACUGUAGCUACUAUAAAGAAAUUAUGUUUUUUUUAUUACUAAUAGUUUUAUUAAGUACUGUUAAUCAACAAAAGAUUCGUAUAAUAUAGUAUAUAAAAAAAAUAAAGAACCGAUUUAACGUGGCACACUUCAGAAACUCACACAUCACACCAGUUCAAAACCACUGUGCUAAAUGAAAAGAUUAAUUUCAACCGAAAAUCAGUCAUUUUUUUUUUUUUGUGCAAUUAAUCUCAACAAAAUUUUAUUUCUACAAGUUUAAACAACCUGUAUAACAUAUGAAUAAUCAUUUUUACAGCGAAAUUGUAAAUAAUGUUUAUGUAUAUACAUAUGUAAUAAAAUACUAAAACAUUUUUUUUUUUAUUUUUUAGUAACUUUAUUAGAAACAUUACAACUACAGUCGUAGAUCUUUAAUACAAUUUGUAAUUUAAUAACCGGAUAUUAUAAAAAUACGGAUGUCGGGUAUUAAAAUGGGACUAAAAUUCUGGAAUUUUAAGUAACAAAUAAUACAAAAUUCUACUUUAUCAUCAAACAUGAAGUCUUUAAGUACAUUUUACAGAUGCGCGGGCACUGGGGUAAUAAACUCCCCUAGCACCAGCAAUUAAAAAUACGGUUUUCGAAGGUUAAAAUGAAGCAACAAAAUGAGUAUACAAAUAAGGAUAAAUUAUCUACUAGUUCGUGACAUUAUUUUUAAGUCAGAAUUUCAAAGUCGGGCACAAGGAGUAAGGGUUUUAAUGUUUUUUUUUUUUUUUUUGUUUGUUUUGUUUUCUUAACUCGUUUGACAUUAAUCGACUCGGAAAUUCGAAACGAUAAUGACGUUGGACAAUGCGACGGUUCUCAGUAAUGUGCGGGUCGUAAUAAGAAUAGUUUUAGCGGAACCGGAUAUAAACUGCUGUUUUUCGAACAAACGAAUUAUUAUCCGGAUACCCGACACUAAUAUAAAUAAUCGAUACAUUCUUAUAUUCUUUUUUUAUCGUUUAAGAUACUUUUGUAUGUACGAAUGUACGACAAAGACCGUAUGACAGAAAACCGAAGGGAAGGGGGGGACAUUAUUUUUAGACCAUCGUGUAUUGGUAUGUAUAUAUAUAUAUAUAAAUGAUAAUGAUAGUUUUCUGAUUUGUCCUUCCGUCGCGUCAGUGCCGUCAACAACCUUUUUCCGGGGUUGUCGACUCUGACUCAGACGACUGCGGUAUUUGUAUAAAUAUAUCUGUGUAAUAUUAUUGCGUCCGGAGAGGAAUUUCCGUGUACGCAAAUAGUUAGGCGGUCAUGUUACAGACGUCGUCGUUGCAGCGUCAAAGACGGUGUCACGGGGAUUGGUGGCGGUCUUGACCCCCGUGUGAAGUCAUCUGCACGAAGACAAACGACGCAAUUGUAAAAUACAUAAUAAGACGCAUAAUAUUGUACGCGGAUGAAUGAACGGUAAUUUGUACCAGCUAUAUAAUACGAAAUCAAUCGGACAGAUGACUGGAUUGUUUAGAUUUUUACCGCACAUAGAAAUGAUAGUAAUAAUAAUAUUUUUACCAAUGUUAAAUGUUAAUCUGUAAACUCAUCACGGUCUAUCGGAAAAUCAAUAAUAAAAAAGAGGGCCGAUACUGCUGACGGGUAUGCCACUGUUUCAGCAGAAAGUUUAUGUGGAGGAUACAGUAUAGAUUAAUUUGGUUUAUAUCUGUACGCAACGAUAAACCAUUGCUUGCUAACGAAAAACGAUUCUGAGCAGAAUAUUAGAUGUCGAUACAUUUUUUUAAUUGUAGUUAUUUUAAAAUUGGUAUACUUGAAUGCAAUGAAUAUUUUUCUAAAGUACAUUAAUUGAAAGGUAUAUCGCAUAGUAAUUUUUAUGUUUUCUCAAUUAUUCAAGUGAGAAAUUUGAUUUGAUUUAUUUAGCUCUUCGCGAGAACAUUAUAUAGGUAGGUAUCUAGCAAUAUUAAAAGCAAAACAAUUAAUUUCUUAAUUUAUAAUAAUUUAAAAACUAGGUCUAAUAAUAUCUCAAAUUUAAAAACUUUGUUUCUGUAUCUAUUCUAAUUACAAUUCUUAUUGUUUCUAAUUCUUCUCUCUUCGCGAUAUGCCCAAACCAUCUUUGUCUAUUUUUCUGUUAUUUCAGCCACUAUCAAAGCCACACCUGAGUUACCUCUUAUGCAUUUAUUCCUUAUCCUAUCUUGUCUCGUCACUCCACUCAUCCAUCUAAGCAUUCUCGUCUCUGCUACACUUAUUCUCUGUUUUAGUUUUCUGUCUACCAUCCAACACUUCAAACAAUACAACAUACGUUAGCCUGUCUCAUCACACUCUUAUAGAAUUUACCUGCCCUACUAACCUAACUCGGGCCUAAGAGAAGGGAUAGGAAUUCAAAAAACUCCCACGGUACCUGUCGAAGAAGCGAUACAUAAAGUUGCGUCAGGUCGACAGCUGGUGUAAAAUUCGGUUACAACACGUUUACGCACAAAAGCCCAACGCAUUUUAGGUUUAAAUAUUAAAAGUACAACUCGUUUAAACAAAUUUACCUAAUAGUAAUCUGUGGGUAUUUAGUGUAUACUUAAACUUAUAAUAAUUAUGAAUGGUGGCAAAUGCCAUUUUUUUUUUAUACAAGUUAAACGAUAAAUUGCUUCAUAUUUUUAUAUUCUUUCUAGACAUUUUCCAAUUGUUCUACCUUAUUUAUCGUUUCUUUUCUUUUACUGUUUAUCGAGUUAAUCUUUAUAUCAGAUUCACUUUGAAUUUCAAUAAUUAUACAUCAAAUUAUUAUGAUAUGGUUGUCGACACUGCAGCUGCAAUGAAAACCAAUAAUAUAGCAGUUUCAAUAGUUUUUUAAACUGACUUUUUUGAAAAAUGAAAACACGGUAUUUCUAAACAAGUACCAGAAUUUAUUAGAUAAAAGUUUCAGAAAUUGCGAUGUAUUUUUGCGAUUAUUUAGGGGUGUUUUCAAACUUGUUGGAAUUUAUACAAAUUUUGUCGAUGGUUCUUUUCAAUUUCAAAUUAUUUUACUGCUGAAUAAGUGUCAGGCAACGCACAUAUAAAGUGAAAUAUUUCUGAAACUUUUAUCUAACAAAUUCUAACAAUACAGAGCAUACUCCUACAAAACAUUGUUUGAUACUUUUUUUUAAAUUGUUAUCUCGUAUGUAAUUCUGGACAUAUACUUAGCACUACAAAUCUUUAAAGCUUAAUAACUUUUAAAUUUUUUCCUAAAACAUUCUAACAAUAUCUAACAACUCUGUUAGAAUGGUUUUGUAAUGUUGUGUUAUGUUUGUACUGCCAGCUUCGCGUACCUGAUAAGUCGGUAUUAUAAAGCGAUUUUUAGUUCUAAACACCGAUACGAUGUUCGGUUUACGUGAUGAUAAAUGUAAUAACUUAUUUUUUUCGUGAUCACGGUUGUAGACAAUCAUUCUUGCCAGGUCCGAUUUCUCUACUAAAAUACAGAUACCUACAAUAUUUUUAUUUUUUAACCAUCGUUUAUACCAUGUAAUUCAAUAUAGUUCUCGUUAUUCGAACCAAUAUAAGUCACUUCUUUGAUUGAAAACAAAACAAAAUAAUUUUAUAAAUACAAAACGUCUAAAUAAAAUUAAACGCGUAUGUCGCACGAUAUUUAUUAUUUAUGCAGAUACAGAUAUAUAUACCUAUUGAUAUCUAUGGAAUACGUGGUGUGAUGUAAAAGUAACUAUCGAAACAUAUAAUUUUAUAUAAUUAUAAUAUUUAUAACGUGACACGUAUUUUAUAAAAUUGUAAACAAACUUGAUUUUAGUGGCUUUGAAAGUGAAACUUUUCGCUGUAUCUAUCGGCACGUACAGAUAAAUUCUGCUGCAAAUCCCGUGUAAAAUCCAAUGGUCUACCCGAGAUACAACAGGGGCAUCCCUCCUCAGUAAAUUAAAAAUAUAUUUUUGGUUACGGUACAAUGAAUUAUUUAUACCUUAUUUUUUAUGAUAUAAAAGACUGCAAAAAAAGUGCAGGGGUGAUCUAUUGGUGAAAGUGGAAAUUCUUGAAAAAUAUAAAAGGUAAGGUUAAAGUAAAAGCUAGAAGGAAAAUACGGAACCAAAUUUUCAACGAGAACAUUUUUUCUAUGGAAUAGAUAAUGGAAUUGGUUUUAUUUGAUAAUAUUAUUAUCGUCUAUUUGGAGGAGACUCGUGAACUAGUUUUAGUAGUCUUUUUUUUUUUUGCUUAACGGUCAUUUAAAGCCUUUUGUAUGCUUCUAAUAAGUUUAUCUGUUCGUCACGAUUCUUUGACAUAUCUAUCGUCACCCUAUUGGUCACUUCUCUUACGUCUUUUAACAAUAUUGGUACCUAAUCUACCUUGCUUAAUAAUUUAUUUUUAUUUACCCAAUUUUAUGAAUUUUUAAAAACAUGUCUUGAGUGUACCUACUUAUAAAUGCUGUUUAAAAAAAAAAAAUCCUUGGCGAUAAUGAGACGUAAUCUACGAAACAAACCGCUCCUCGUAUUUUAUAACAUUAUUAUUAUUGUCUAAUCGGCUAAAAGACAAACAAAAUAUUAUCAGUAUAAAAAACAGGUUAACUAUCUCCAAUCAAUUAAUAUAGAUUUGUUUUUAUAUUAUUAUAGAAAAACUGUGUACGUUUUCAGUUUUAACGCUACAACAAAUAAAUCCUAACCCCAUAUUAUACUAUGUAUAUUAAUAACGAAUAACAAUUAUAAAAUAAUAAUAUCAUAUUGUUCUAUUUUUUUUUUUUUAUCGUUAGCAAUCGAGUAAUAUUGUUAAUUACUCAUUACUUUUGUUAGUCAUACAAUAUUACCUAUACAUAAUACGGGUAUACAUUAAUACAUUAUCGAGUUUUCGAUAUAAUAUUUAUUUAUCCGUACAUAAAAGUGCGUUGCUUUCAAAUAUAAAAAAAAAAAAAACCUAUAUUUGUUAUAGAAGUGCCGCAAUAUUUAUUCAAACAUAAUGCCUGUAAGACAAACAACUUUUGUUCUUUUUUGAGGUAUUGUUGGUUUAGUCAAAAGUCUUUGUUAGGUCAUUUUGCAAUUAUAUUAUAUGCACGUUCAGAGUAUCAUAUAUUAUUUAAUUAUUUAUUAAUUUAAUAUAAAUUUGUAUUAAUAAUUAAUAUAUUAUUUAAUAUAUAAUAAUAUUAAAUUCGUUUAUCUUAUUUUUCAAUAUGAUAUUUCAGACAAUCUUAAUAUAAAUCUCAAGAAAAAAAAAAACCGUAAUACAUAAUGUAAAAGAAUAAAGAUGAUUUGAAAAAUCUUUCAUCACGUCAAGACUUCCAGUUUAAUCCUUUAAUAAGAAUGUCUCUAUUAUCAAACGGCAUUGUUCAAGAGAUGAUGAAAGUUUCAUCGUGAAUAUCACUUGGAUAAUAUAGAUUUGUAGUACCAUACAGAUUUGUAAAAAGUUGACAAUGUAUUGACAAAAAAGAAUACAAACAACAUUACUAGUAUAACUAAUUAGUGAUUGCAUUAUACUAGAUAUGCUAAUUUUUAAAACACAUUUCGUGGUUUUGUUCUAAUGGAUUUCAAGCUGAUGAUAAAACUUGAAGUGAUUAAGCCGGGAAACAAACUAAAAUGAAAAAAAUAUUUCAGUGAACAAAAACAGCAUGAUGGUGAUUCGACUUUAUUCGAUUUUAUUUAUAAAUGGCUAUAAACAAUUGGAAAAUUAUUUUAUGUUUCGAAAGAGCUAUUUAUAAGUGUUGAUGUUCCCAGUUCCGUAAAAUUUUCCGUUUCGGUUACGUUGAGUCCUUCUUCUUUUAUUUUCCCAAAUCGAGUACUAAGUAUUUGCUAAAAAUAUCAGGUUUGUGUGAUUAAUUUUCACAAAAUCCAUUUGAAAAAAAAAAAAACCAUUGUUUCAUAAAUAUUUCUUUUUUCGGGCAGGUUUCGAGCAUCAUUAAGAAAAGUAAAAAAAAAAUACACCUCUAAUACUGCGCCAAUUAAACAUUUUCCAACAGAAACCAUACGUCGAUGUCGAUGAAUAGAACAAUAUUUCUUGUGGCAAUUUCGUUUACAGAACGUACAAAAAAUCCACACAUCUCAGUAAACUAUAAAAUACUGUUUCCAUAUUACGAAUCGUAACGAUAUUAUGUAAGUAGGUAUUAUCUAAUAUUUUUAACGAUUAUACGUGAUUAUAUGAGAAUGGACUUAUUCUGGUGUUCAAACGCGUCUGUAUAAUAUUAUAGAUUAUACGAUAAUUCGUAUGCGAUAGGCAGGUAUGUAAUCGUUAUACGUGCCCAUCAGACGCAUGACCAAAAUGCGCAUGUCCACGAAAACAGUUUACACAAAAUAAGCCCUAGUCUCGGUAAUCGGAACAGUAAAAUUGAUAAUGUGUAAAAAAAAAAAAAAAAUAAUAAAUAAACACUGACCGGAUAGUGAUAUUAUUAUUGUUGUCGUUAUUAUAAAACAAAAUAAAAAAUACUUGGGUACUUUGUUACUCGGCAGCAAGGUCGUCAUAAGUGUUGCACGCGAACAGCAACAAUCGCGUGGGAGGAAACCAUAUUUACCAGCGAAAAAUUCUAUAAUAUUAGUUUUCGGUGAAAGUGUCGGAUUGAUUUAAUUAUUUCGCAUUCAAUUAAAAUUAUUAAAAUAAAAAAAAACCUAACCCAAUCGAUUUAAACAAAAACCGUUGUUCUAAAAAUAUUCCCGUAUUUCUGACUUUUUUUUUUUUUUUAUUUUGGAUUGCUCUCAUCAUAAAGAAAAAUUUAAGGAAAAUGUUUAAUUUCUUUUACAAUAUAAACCGUCUAAAAACGGUUCGCUAACUGAAACAGUUGUGUUUGCAAACAAAUAUUUCGGAGAGGGAGGGGGUUAAGGUUGUACACUUAUAUACUUUUAUAAUGAAAAAGUUUACAUAUUUUCAAUUGUAGAAUUAUUUAUUCUACAUUAAAAAUGUCAAUAUUUAAUAACAUUUAUUUUAACGCGUUAUUUAUAUUAUUGUGAUGACACUGUGGACUAUGCAAUAUCGUCAUAUCAGUUAUAAUUUUCUAAAAGCAAGAAAAUUACAAAAAUUAGAAAUGACAAUAAGAAAAAUAUACCAAACUACUUGCUAGUAAUAAAAUAAAAAUAAAACCAAAAUUGUAUGUAUAUAUAUUCCUCAUUGAUAGAAACUACUUUUGAGACCCCAAUAAAAAUCGACUUGCAUCAUAAUUUUCAUGAAAUUUUAGGGGGGAGGUUAAACCCCUAAUCCCCCCUUGUAUACGCGCCUGAACUGAAACCAUCUUUGAUAAUGCUAAUGAUCGGGGUAAGUAUUCUGGUCAAGAUCUUGUUCGAAGGCAAAUAAAAAAAUACAUCCCUCGGUUCGUUUAAAAUUAAAAAUAUACAAUUGGAAAUGUCAACUGAAAAGAAACCGUGUGAUUUAAAGGCUUUUCAACGUUUUGGUAUGUUAACAGGUAAAUAAACUCGAAAAACAACAAAAAAAAACAUGUAACGUUGGCUUUUUUUAAUGAUUUUGAAAAAAGAUAUCGUAAAAAGCUCUCCGUCCCAAUGACCUCUUAAAAUUCUGAGCAGAGCGAGGAAUAAUGUUGGUUUUACAAUAUUUUUAUUUUUUUUUUCAGUAUACAACUCUUUUACCUGCAAUUCCGCUCUAAUUUUCAAGUUUAAAACUGUUUCUGAAAGGAAAUUUGACUGGAGUGGUACGUUAGGGAGGUCUUUUUCUGAUUUUCCCAAGAGUUUUCCAAACAAAUGGGAAAAACAUGGGAAAAAACGUAGGAAAAACGGGAAAAUAGGUACAAUAUUUAACAAAUAUUAUUAAUGAAAAUAUAUAAUGCAUAUUACGUAAUUAUUUUACCAUAAAAUGAUAUAUAUAUACUGUUGACAAAUAAAAACUAUCAACCGAGCUCUGUUCAGAAUCGUUUUUUCGUAAACAAUGGUUAAUCGUUACAGAUAUACAUUCAAUUUCUCCUCUAUUUUUCCGAAUUCUCACCUACAACAGUGGCACACCCAUCGUUUGAAGCAUGACCGUAUCUUUUUUUAGUCAGAUUCCGUCCCUAAUAAAAAGAAGAUUUACUACAAUAUUAUAAUAUCACUAUAUUAUUAUAUAUAUAUAUCAUUUUCGUAAUUUAAGCCAGCGUAUUAUACCUUAUUAUUUAAACAUGGGUCGUCAUGGUAUUAGUAUUAUUAUACACUUACAUUAUUUGUGUUAUAAGGGAAUAAUCAGAAAAUAAUAAUUCAGAAAAUGAUAUUUUGCAUCAUUUUCUGAAUAUAAAAUCAUUAAUGAUAUUAAAUUUUUCUGAGCCCGGCUUGUUCUAUAUUUAUUAUUUAUUCUUGUUAAUUUGAAAAAUGCUCAUUCGGCUGAACAAUUGGCCACUGGGACAGUUAAAUAUAAUAUAAGAGCAAUUAAAAUAUUUGGAAAUACUUCCUGCAAUGAUUUUGUGUAAAACCAUUUUAAUUUAGUAUAUUCCUUUAUACAUAAUUUCUUUUUUAUAACCACUAUUAUCAUCAGGAUACUUUUUUUUUUCUUGUUCUUUUAGCUUCAUUCUUAUACGUUUUAUAAACAUUUUGAUUAAGUUAUGUGAUUUUAUUUUCAUAAAACUCAUUAGAGUCUUUUAAAUUUAGUACAAAAUGCCUUAAUGAUUUUAGCAAGUUGACGGCUUUUAAUGCAUCACAGUGUUUAUUUUGCAAUUCAAUUUAAUUUUUAUUACUUCUCUUCAAAAUACCUCUCCAUGAUAAUGUCAGAUAUGCAGUCUCUCUUUUUGACAUUUUUUCCACAAACUUUUAGCUUCUCUUUUUGUUUCAUCAUUUUCAUUAACAUUUUCAUAUAAAUAAAAACAAAAAUGAUAUUACCUGAUUGUUAAAGAUUUAAGACACUUGAAUUCUAAAAUAUUAAUUAAUAUUAAAUAAAAUUAAUUUCUAAAUAAUACCUUUAUUGUUAUUGUAGACGCACAUUGUACAUUAACCUAGGUUUCAGAUUUAACCGAUUGAUUAAACUUAUCGUUCAAAAUACCCGGAACGGAAUCGGUACACCUUUAAAUGAAUUUUUUAUAUUUAGGACGCAACUCGCGUACGGAAUGAAUAAUAAUAAGUACAACUGAUGCCGUCCUAGUAGGUUGUCUUGCAAAGUAUUUACAAGUAGUAAAUUACAAUUAGUAAUGUCUCUACAAGUAUGCGCAGAGACGGGCGAUAAACUGGAUUGGGGCACUGUUAUCGAAGCCGUAGGGGGAAAACAAAGCAUGCGAUGAUGUCAGCCCUUAACGAAAACGUACCCGUUGGUAAAAACCUGAUACUGUUCCGAGGAAGUUAUAGUACGUCCCAAGCGUAAGCCCAUUAGCCAAAGUCGAUCGAAAAAAAAUACGACGGGUCAUGAUAAAGCAGAUGGGGAAUAACACGUCGGGUCGGUCGCGGGAUUCUGAGUCGGUUUACUAAUCGGGUUUUGCUCACGCUGUUACGUUUCGUUUGCCAUUAAAUAAACGCGUAAAUAUGACAUUUCAAACUGUAACGCCGAAUAUGAUCGAAAUUUUCAAUACUAGAUGUGUUUGAGUGUCGACAGAUUACCAUUGCGGAUUGCAUUAGCCGAAUUGUUGUUGUCGUCCGAUCAUGGUAAUCGUAUUAGCUACCUACCCAUGUGCUAUACAUACCAUUAUUACGGCGUUCGUAUUGUGUUACGAAAACGUUAACCAACGCGCGUACGGUUUGAAAUAUGCGCGAGUACAUUUCCGGUUCGAAAUAUUCACCUGCGGGCUAUAAUAUGUAAUCCGUUUCAAGGUUCCGCGCGUCCGCCGGUACACUGACUGCACUAUACCGAUAACAAAGUGAUCAGAGAGAAAAAAUAUAACCGAACGCAAAUCGCGCGAGUCUGCGCGCACUUAUGACAGCAUAAUAAUACAAUAACGUUAACUAGCGUGCGUACAUAUUUAGCGGCGAUUGUCGAAGUAUUAUCAACUCGCGUGUGUUCUAUUAUAUACUAUAUUGUUGUGUCAAUACGAGACGAAUUUUUUUUUUCUCCGAUAAUUCCCAUUAUUCUGUAUACUUAUAAUUUUAAUUAAACUCGUCAUUUACAACAGUUGCACGAGUAUACCCGUACAAUUUUAUCCGCCAAUCAUUAACUUUAACUAUGAAAUAAAAAAAUAAAAAUAAUACUAAUUUCAAUUAAGUUUUUUCAUGUAAAUUACUUGCUGGCCGUGUUCUUAAUUGCUACCGUUAUCGCCAUUUCCAUUACUUAUAUGGAUACGAUAUAUUUUAGAAAAACCGGUUUUGAUUUUGUUAAUAAUUUUUUUUUUUUUUUUUAAUUACAUGGACAAAUAUUUGAUAUCGAUUACGCACAAAUACUUAUACCGAGACGGCAUUUUGUAUACUAUUACGUUUCAAGACGAAAUUCGUUCCAAUCGAAUUGGUAAUGUAUAAUUUUAGAUGUUGAGACACGAAAAACUCAUAAUAUUAUCAUGAUGAUAUCGACAGCAUCGCAUAUUUUAAUUUAAUAUAGUUGAAGGUUUUAUGAAUUACGUGUAAAGUGUAUACGUAACGUGUGCAUAAUAAACAAGACUUUGCACCUGAAUUAUUUAUUCGGCUUUCGGGUUUUGAAAGAAAAUUGGAGUUGUUGAAAUAUAGUGUUUCGGUUACUAAUUAUUUUAUAUUGGGUUACAAACUUACCUAACUUUUUUUUUACAGCUUGAUAGGAGGUCACUUCGCCCUUUCGGGCAGUCCUUCCUCCAACCUAACUUAACCUGAAAUAUGUCUAAAAUCGUAGAUAUGAUAUAUUAUAUUGAAUCAAUUUGAAUAAUUUCUAAAUUUUUAUAUAGCGAUAAAUAGAUUAAUGAAAAUAGACAGAAAAAAAGAAACUGGGUUACGUACUCGCAUCAUCGCAUAAUAAUAUUAAAUAAUAAUAAAAAUCCGUUAAAAUGCUUGGAACGUCUAACCAAUGUUGUUGUUCCCAAUAUCACUGAUUAGUAAUAAUGUUAUUUUAUUAUAAAAUAACAAUCGUUUAACAUGCAAAACAUCGAUUAUCUUAGUUACAAAAAAUACAUACAAAUCGAUAUGUCACUUAAUGGUAUAUGAUUCAAUAAUCGGGUUUCGGUUUGACACGGAUUUGUUUCGGGUUAAUUCUGUGGUAUUUGUUUUUACAGUAGGUUUUGUAAAUUUGAUUUUGGGUUAUGUGGAAUUCUUCAGGUGCAAAUCCCUUAUAAUAGGAGGUGUAUACUUAUCAUUGAUAUUCGAUAAAUUUUGCGAAUACUCAAGAAAUUAUACCUAAUAAAAUUAAUAUAUUUUUUUAUGUACACACAUUUAUAUAUGUGCAUAUAAUAAUUCGUAUAAAAAUUACUGAAAUCGCAAAUAAUUUUAAGACGUGCAAAAAAAAAAAAACCUCUUGUGUAAACUACGGCACUCUUGAGGUAGAUAAUAUAAUAAUACUAUACCGCUGCACGAUGGCUUGCGGAAAAGAUCUAACGACCUUAUCGUUCUAAUUUCGAGAAAAACGGCGUUGAAAAAGAAGUAAAUACUUUUUUUUUCAGUAUCACAUAUUAUAUUGUACGCGUAGGAAAUAAAAGCCAUCGAAAACAAAUUUGAUACGAAAAACAGGCCUGUGUGAACAGGCGUACUUUAUAUUUUAAUAAUAGUAUUAUGUACAUCGAGAUCACCUUGUGUUGUUUAUUAGGUGCACUUACGAGUUAAUCGCUAAUAUCUAUAGUGGUACACAACCACUAUAAUUUCAUGUCCUUGGUAAUAAAAUACGAUAUUCGAAACGGUUAAAAUUAUCUUUAAAACGAGAAAAAAAAUGAUACCGCGACACAAAAACGUUAUUAAAUCUGGGCUAAUCAAUUAUUCAUUUAACGUUUUUGAGACGGGACACGCGGUAUUCUUCCAUGUGUUUAAAUUUGUAAGUCGUUUAUAUUGUUUUGAUCGUUUUUUUUUUUUUUUGUACGCAACCCACCUGUUUUAAUAUAAUAUAUAAUAUAUCCUUCCGGAUUGCAGUAGCGUGAUUAUAAGAAUUUUCAAUGGGGAGAGUUGAGAGAAUUGUCUAUGGAACCUACAUGUAAACAGAUAUUGUGAUAACGGCCCUCCUCUGACUUGAUAAGAAGGUAAAUAAAUACUUUCUAAUCUUCGUUUAAUAACAUAUAAAGAUCUAUACAUUUUCGAUUAAGAUUAAAGACGGCAUACACGUUUCUGAUUUAAAUACUCCGUUUGUGAAACAAUUAUUAUUGUGCAGUACACACGAGACACAUCAACCACUUUAAAGAAUGCCGUAAAAUGUAUACAUGUAUAUAGGUUGUAUGUAUAUAGAUAUAUACCUAUAUAUAUAUAUAUAUAUAUUAUACAAGAUUACCGAAGUCGUUGAAUUGAAUUUAGAGAUAAGUGGGACACACAAUUGAAAAUCGGUUUAAUGACCCUAUCGCAUAGCUGCAUACUAUACAAUAAUUAUUGUAGCGAUAACCGUGCAGAAACGCAGGAGAAAACCGUACCAUCACAGUGAAUCGAAUUUUAAAUGAAUAAAUAUUUUUGACAAAAUUGAACGGAACUUGAAAUGAAACUACAGAAAUUAACUAUACGUGUUAUUUACAUUUAUACUAUCAAAGAAUUAAAUAAGUGUACAUUGUUCUAAAAUAUUAGACAAAAUCAAUUUUAAAUGCAACUCAAAUCUGUCAUUAGGAAAAAAAAAAUUGAUCUACUUCACAAAUAUCUCUGAUAGUUACAUCAAAUACUCACCAGGAAAUAUUUCUAUGGACGUAGGGAACUUUGAUUAUUUACUUAUUUACUUCAAACAGUACAUUAUAUAAUUUUAAAAACGAAAUUCUUCGUAAUAAAUCACAGUACAUAUCUACUGUUUCGUUGUUGUUCUUAAAACCUCACUAAUUAAAAGUUAAUUAAUGUUGUGUAUAUAUAUAUGUAUAUAUAUACACAGUCUUAUCUUCACUUAUACAUGUUGCACAUGUACUGGUUUUUUUUUUUUUUAUGUAUAUAAUAUGAUGCACCUUGUUAUCGUAUAAUUCUAUUGUAUAUUGGAUUGUACCCGUAAAUUGAUUAAAAUUAUAAAAUAUAUAAAAAAAACUAUUUUGUUUUUUCGUUUCUGAGUUGUCCGAAGAAUAUUGAAAUUAAUAAAAUAAAACAACAACAAUUUCCCCUCAAAGUAAUAUAUAAUAAUAAAUACACUUUGUAAAAGUACAUAACGGUUAAAAUCAAUGCAGUUUUGUUGGGUUCUAUGUCUCCAGCUCUCCCACCCAGAGUUAUUUGUAGAAAUGAAAACCCGUGAUAAUCGUUUGUAUUACAUUUGUACUGGUUAAAAAAAAUUCUAUCAAACCUUAUCAAAAGUACAGUACUAUUGCUGUGAAGUUAUUUUAAAUUCCAUAAGUAAUGAUAGCUAGUAUGUUAGGCAUGCAAUAAAUCGGACUGCUCUAUUCACUGAACAGUAAGUUGCCUAGUGACACUACAAUAUACGCAGGCACUAUUUAAUAUCGAGUACCAACGUAAUAUUCAAUUUUAUAUUAUAAUUUUGAAUAAUAUAGAAACAUGAUUAACAAUCACUAAUAAUUAUAAUUUCUUAGAUUUACUUAUAAAAGCCAAACAUACUUCAUGAAUGUGAAACGUGGGAUUAAGUGAGGAUUAAGUUGGGUUAAGUGUCAGAUGUUUUAUGCGACAAGGAAUUCGAAUGAGACUUAUUAAAGUUAAGUUCUACAAGAGUGGUGAAACCGAAUAUGUUGUAUUGUUCGGAGUUUUGAAUGGUAUACAGAAAAAUAGACCAAAGAAUAAGUGUAGUAGAGCUUAGAAUGCUUAAAUGGAUGGUAUACGCGAGGAUGACAUGGGAGAUCGAGUAAAGUGGAAGCAUAGAACAAGGUUGACUGACCCUGAAUAGUUGGGACGAAGACGAAAUAGUAGGAGUAGAUAGAUUAUUAUGGAUUGCGCCCCAGUAACGGACCACCUAUGUCACAUAGAAUUAUUGUUUUAAAUUAUAUCGCGCGUUAAGUCGAUUUAAAUUUCUUUUACAUAAUAUUAAAUUUACAGUCUUGUACUUAUAUUGCACAACUUAAGCGGGUCUAAAUAAUCAUUUUUAAGCGUUAAGUAAUACAUUAUUUUUUAUAAACUCAAAUUUGUUUGGCAUUUCAAAUCAUAUUUAGUGUGAUCAACAACUUCUGUGUCAGCUUAUUUUAUUUAUUUUUGUUUUUUCGAAAAAACGGUCACAUUUAUAUCCGCAGUAUUUCGUAACAUCGAUUUUAACAUAUUUAGUGGAAGUAUCAAUAACCGCAUUCGACUAACUGUUGUUUCAUCGCGGAUUCGAUAAUAAUUGAAUUUACAGGUGUUUAAUCGGACUGAAUGGUUAACUUUAUUAACACCGAUAACGUAAAAUAACGGUGUUCCGUUAUAUUAACAUGGCAGUUUUGGAGGACGUCCUCGUCAUAAUUUAUAUCGACAUUAUCAUAGUAUGUUAUUAUAUUGUAUAUAAGUAUGUAUAAGUAUGUUUAUGAUAUUACGAUAUACACGGUGGCAAUUUAAUCUAAAUCCUGUGUGAUUGUAGCGACAGUCUCGUCCGUAGGCGGAUUUACCUGCAUAUUGUUGUUUUCGGUCAAUGUCAAAUACCUAUAUACAUUCGAGUAUAAGUCGCACGACAGAACCGUAAAAAUAUUUCGAAUACAAUAUUGCUGUUGUACAGUGGACCGUGUCCUACCGCCAUAACCUGUAGGUAAAAUCGUAAUACGACCUUAGUUGAAAAAAAAAACACCGGUGCUCCCGAACAUCAAAUAAGACACGAUAUGACGACAAAUUGUUAUUUUUCUGAAGCACUUGCCGCCCAUCGUCAAUGCCUACGCCACGAUUCAAGCCGGUGUUGAAAUACAAUACGCAGGUGACUGAGUAUUGUGCUUGUCGAAAAAAUAAAAAAAUAAUAAUAAUAAUAAUAAACAUACGAGCGAAUAUCGUGGGCCAUUUCUCAAAAAGGUUACCCACAUUUUAAAACCAGCUGUUCAGCACGGCAAAGCCGGCCGUACUGAUUAUAUUCUUCCUUUAUUUUUUUUACCGUUUAAAUAUAGAAGAUUUAAAAAAAAAAAUCAUUUUAAAAAUCGAAAUAAUUGAAUUCUAAAUUCUAUAGAAUGGUUUAUUUUUUAAUAUAAAUAUCAAAACUAAUUUAUUGGACCGUUUUUGAAAGUCAUCUCAACUUAAAAGUGUAAAAUAAUCCUUUUUGGAUCAUUAUAUGGAAGAUAGAGUAACUUGCGGUGUUGGAGGAAAACAGGCAAUUUUAAUACGAAUAAAUGAUAAUUGGUUGGUUUUUUUUUUUCACUUAAUAUGGUCAAAACUUAUUUAACCAAUAAAAUGGUCUGAACUAAUUUGUUGUAGAGUUGUAAUAUUGUUUCAUACAAUGUGGUGCCAACUUCUCAGCACAACAUUUUUUUUUUAUUCACAGGGCUUUUAAUUUUGUUGAACAUUUUCCAACGAACAUCCAACAAUGACCAUCAAACCCAUAACAACAUUGUUGGAUGAACUUUUCAAACUUUAAAGCUCAAUGUAAUGUUAGUCAUGUACUUGGCACCAAUAAUUUCAAAUUUGAAUCACUUUUUAAAUUUUCUCCAACAAAUUCGAACAACCAUCCAACGAUAUCCAACAACUCAGAGUAGGGAUUUCUGGAAUAUUUAUUUGAUUUUUUGUGAACUUUGUGGUGCCAGCUUCACGCACCUGACCGACGCGACGCCUUCCGACAACGGCUUGAACCCAUCAAUAAAAAUAUAUAAUACAAACGCAUACGGUUAAACAUUUGAACUGCUCUAUCGCUGUAUAACGUGUCACGCUGUAAUUGUUAAUGUUAUUAUAACAUUGUUACAUUAAUAAUUAUAUUGUCUCCGCGUUAUUAACUAUUGCGUGUUCGAUAAUAAAUAUAAAUAUACAUGCACAAUAUUGUUGUCGUUGUUUGUUUUUAUCGCGACAGCGUCUAUAUAAUAAUAUUCUACAGUCGAUCCGUAAAUUACGCGAGGCGUUUUGUAAAACGCGUAUGCCCGCGGGUGGUGGAAAGGUGGAUCAGUGUAUAACAUCGUAAUAACGUUGUGUAGUAGACGACCUUAAGAGGCCGUCGCAGUGACAUAGUUGUCCGUCUCUCUGUCUUUCCGUACAAUAACGGGCAACAACAGCGAAAAUGCGUUUACACGCGAAAAACAAACCGAAAGGCCGGUUAAUAAAAAUUUUAAAAAAAAAAUUAUCAUUAUUUUCAAAAUUUGCACACGACGUUUGCGAUGUAUGCGCAAUUUUAAAUAGGCGGGUUUUAUCUAUGAAACAGCGAUUUUAAUGCACUUUUCAUUUGUCUUAAGCGAUAGAUCUCUGAGAUUGGUUAAACUUUGAUACACACAAAGAAAAACAAUUUAAAUUAUAUAAUUUAGCUACUAUUGUUAUUAUACAGACCAUUUGUAUCAGACGCGUCCCUGAAAGAGAAGUGAGAGCAGUGUACUUACAUUGGCGUUUGGCAUAGUCAUUGGUCCAGAAGUAGGUAUAAAUGAUAUAAUAGAUAUUAAUUAUAUCUAUUAAUUAUUUGACAUGAUUUUUUAGAUUCUGAGUGUAGCGAUAUAUAUCCUACCUUCUCAAAUUCUCAUCCACAACAGUGGCCCACCCAUCAUGCGAAGUAUGUCCGUCUUUUUAUUAUCAAUCGUUUAUAUUAAAUUUAAUUACUUCGUCCCCUUUCAUAGUCAAGGUCUGGAGACGCCCCCGAUCAUUCGAUUAGAAGGAGGAGCAGAGGAUUCCAUAUCGUGUUACGAACAUAAGUGCUUUUGUCCGACCAAAAUAUUAAUCUGCUCCAAAACCGUCAUUCACAUAUCAGCACGAUUAGGAAAUUUAAUCCCGAAAAUGAUUUAAACUCGAUAUAUUGUAUAAGAAAAGUAGUAUUUAAAAAACGGUCAGUACUCAGUGUACUUAAAUAAAAAUUAUAAUGAGUUGUUUUCAACAAAAUUAUUUCUUUCUUCGUUCCUGUCGAAAAAAAACCAUGAAUUUUAUUGCACUUAGAAUUUUAUCGACAUGAUAUUAUACAAUGUGCGUUUUUAUAGAUUCUGUAUAGAUUUUUGAUUUUUUUUUUUUUUUUUUAUAGUUAUUCGUAAAGAAUUUCAACAACAUAAAAUUCGAUUCCAACGUGUAAUUUUGUAUGUGUUUAUCGAAUAUAAAAUAAGAGCACUGCAUUUAUUUAUAAUUACAUAUUAUUUUUGAAAACUAAAUUACCUAUUUUGAUAAGGGUUUUCAACGUGAUAUCUGAGCUACUAUAACCCGAAUCUAUGUGAAGACGUGAAUUAAAGUGUAAUACGAUAUACGUUUUAAGGACAAAUUAAAAACCGAUUUCGGAGUCUUUGAAUAAUCCACUAUUCCGUUCCGUUUUCCGUACGACAAACUCUUAUACCUAAUUAUACCUAUGGUACUGGGCAGGUAGUUACUGUUAAAUGUGGGCGUAGUUCUCAAACUCGCGUCGGAACCCACGCACACCUCAUAAACGAAAAUUAUUCCAUUUCAUAUAAAAGAGUAUUAUUUUAAAAUUGCAUGUGUGAAACACGUUGGACCCGUCGUAACAAAAAAAUCUCCCGAUUUAACCGACCACGUCGACCGAUUUUUUUUUUUUGAAUUUCGAUUUUUACAUUUAUUCAUAGUAUGUGGUAAGUGUUAAAUGAAAUUUCCAUAACAAUGUAAAUAAAUCAUUAUAACCAUCAUAGUUAAUCGUUUAUGUAGUUUAUAGUUAAAAUAUUAUUAAUUAAUUUGUAAAUAUUUAGUUUGGUACACACUUAACACUGUGUAAUACACUCGACAAGCGACUGCGGAUCAAUUACCUAUAGUGUUUAUGGUGUGAGAUAAAUACAAGUUAGCAAGCGAUACCAAUCCUACUGCUCUUCGAUGCUUCUUUUCCGAAUGAUACCACCAGUCUUGACACUUUUCGAUUAGCCCUCGUACACCAGUGGUCUUCAACCGGCGGGUCGCGUAAGCUUGAAAAUCGGGUCGCCGAUAGGCUUUCUUUUUAAAAUAAAAAACUAAUUUUAUACAAUUAUAUAAGUCAUAAGGUUAUAUAUAAUUGUUUAAUUAUUAGACUUGGAAAAUUAACAAAUGCAAACACAGUUUGAAAAUUAUUGUAAUAUAUUAUGUACAGACAAUACUAUGUGAUUUAUAUUGAAAAAUAUAAUAGUAUAAUGGAUUUCAAAUCACAGUACACGUUUCAUAUACUGGUAUGUCUGUACGUAGUGUGACAUUGAAUACAAUAAUUUACGAGUAAACCGGGCUAGUAAUAAAACAAAUGUAUUAUAUCGUUAUCGUUAAAUAGUCUCACAAUCUGCGAACACUGUCGAUGUUGUCACUGUGUGCAAAGACGAAUAAAUGUUGGUCGCGUUAUUAUUAUUCUAUUCGUAUUUACGUAUCCGUUUAAAAGUUUUUUUUUUACUUUUAUUCAUUCGGUUAUUAACAGGUACAACUACAAAGUAUUAAGUAAUUUUAGAUUUUUGGUUUUCUACGAACGUUUUUCUUUAUGCACGCCUUACGUGGGUCGCGAACAAUGUACGUCUAAAAAAGUAAGUCGCGAGUCCAAAAUGGUCGAGGACCACCGACACGUACUACACUUUCUGGUAGACGCGGUGUCCGCCGACACUGUUAUCCACUCGCUGUUUGUCUCCGGCGGUUUAGACCGCGCCGAAAGCCCGAGAACAAAGUCGCCAAUUAGCAGACUCGGUAAUAAUAUUGUAUAACCAUGUUAUUGGAUGGUUUAUUGUAUACAUAUAUUUUUUUUUAUUUUUUUCCCAAUAUUAUAAUUGCGUCGAGCGAAUUAUCGUCCCGGCCCGCCGGACCGUGAUGAAAGAAAAAUAUAACGCGACGAUGGUUAUUAUGAAAUAAUAAAUAAUACGAAAAUAAUCACCGCGUGAUUCUGGUUAUUCCGUCGUCCGGAGAGUCUGCCGCGUCCGCUUUGCCCGCAAAACAAAAUGUCUGCGGUUUCGCCCCGUAUUUUAAAAUGUACAUGAUAAUAUUAUUAACGGUGGGAUUAUUCCGAAAAUCAUCAGCGCGCGUUUGACAGCCGCGGCCAGACACAGUGUUGAUUGCAAGUUAUUCACGGACGCGACGCGAGUGCCCUCGCCCUUUGUGUCUGGAAACCUCGCCAAUUCUAUUUAUAUUGCUGCGGUCGGGGUUCGCUUUCGAUAAUUGGUUAGAAUUCCCGAAACGGCGGACUUCAACAUCGCGUACGCCGCGUACACUGUUCCCCGCAGCCGGACCCGGUCCGCUCGGCGUAGCGCUUUUAUCGCGAUCAUUUUCACCCGCAUUGUUCGCGCAGCAAUCGUCUCGCCGUGUUAAUGGCGAACGUCCGAUACUGCACGGAUAAACGCCGACCGCGCACGCGACUACGCCGAGCGAAAACGAUAAACGGCGGAAUUGAAAACGCGUCUUCCCGCGUUCGCCCGCGCGUUCCCGCCCGCCCCCGUCCCGAUCGCGGUUAAUUCUUGUCGCCGCCCGGCCGAUUUAUAUUUUGUUAAAACGGGCAAUUCCCCGCCAACGAGACCCGAACGGUUUUUUAUUCCUGUGUUCGCUCGCGAGGCGACCCGUGAAAAACAGUCCGAUUUUCGAUACGAAAACACCGAAACACAAUCCACGAAUCAAGAAAUCAGUACUCCGUUUAAACUCGAGUUCCGGUAGACGAGUGAAAAUCGAUUAAACCGAACUAGCUUAUUAAAAAUACCUCCUGUUAAUUGCAAACGUAUCCACUUCUCGUAUGUACAAAUGAAAAAAAAAAAAUAAUGACUUAUUACUAUAUUUAUUACGAUAACUUAAUUAUUACAAUACCGUUCUAGUUUUCAAAUCUAAAGUUUAUUCGGUAAACUAUAAUAAUACAACCAUGACAUAUUUCGAUGAUCUGACCCGUUAGAUAUUAUUAUUCAUGUCAUCGUGGACCUAAAACAAAUAUAUUUGUAAUUUUGUAUUCAAAUCGUUUAAUAAAUUAAUCAAAUGCGUACAUAGUAUUUAGUCGUAAUCUUGAAAUUGGAACUUUUGGCAGAGAACAGUUAACGAAACAAAGGACAAGUGUACUAAAGAAGAGAAUGCUAAGGCAGACAUGUCUACCUUGGGAAUGAAAGAAAUACAUUUUGUUCUGGGCUGUGCACGAAUAAGAGUGGCACGGUUUGUAUACCAAGCGAGGAAGAAUAGGUUUAGCUGGUUGAGGUUUUUAUAACCGGCAUUUGAACAUUUUUUUUUUAAUUUCUUUUAAGGAAUGAAUGCUUUAAUCACCAAGAAUUCCAACUACGUUACAAUCGUAGUUUAUUCUUUUCAUAUUGUUUGUCAUAUCAGUUGUACUAAAAAUAUCUUUUAAAAUAUCAAAUAUUUUGUUUAAUAUAUUUUUAUUGAUAUUAUUUGUUUUAGAUACAUCAAUUGCAAACGCAAUUCCAGGAAUAUUGUGAAAUAUUGAAACCGUAUAACAUAGUUUUCUGCUAUCACAGACAGAAACUGCUAUUAAUUUUACGAUUGAAUAAAAUCCGCAUGUAUUUGGCGAAUUAUACGUAACUUCAUUUUCAUUUCUUUGGCUACCACAGCCACUAAUUACGAUUCCACCAUUUCGAAUUAAACCAAUUUUUGAUGAAGAUGAAAUUUGGUCCAAUGAAAUUGUUAACUACUCCGAGUCUGAAUUCAAACAUUUACUUAAUUUUUUUAAAUUUUUUUUUUAUGGCAACUGGAGUGAUAACGAUGACGGUUUUUCAAUUAUUGUGCAUAUUGCUUUAGGAGUUUGGGAUAAUAUUUGUUCUUGUGUUACUAUACUAUUAAAUUGUAUAGUAUUGUCCAUUUGAACGUCUACUUUGUUUGUUUGUAAAAUAUCGUCUUAUAUGUCUGAGUUUGCGUACUACGUACUACUAUUAUACUACAAAGUGUAUGUAUAAUUCUAAUAAGUUGGUGAUGCAUAGUAUAAGUAUACACAUUGUACAAGAUAUUAAGCAAAUAGACUGACAUGAAGAAAAUAGCGUUUGUACAUAGUGGGACGUGAGUGCCAUAACCCGACAGUCAACCAAAACUCGAGAAUGUAUACAUAAUUUAAAAUAUUAAACAGUGUCUUUAAAUAAAUAAAAGAUAAUAAAAAAACUUUAAGACUAUAAUAUUACCUAUAUGACAACACCAAUAUUUUCAGCGUGAUAAAUGACUGAAGAAUUAUAAUACCAAUACUUAAGUUGAGAAUUAUCAAUAACGGUAACUCGGGUUAGGAGUGAGCGCACAUUUGUAUUUUUAUAUAUUCUGAACGCACUAAUUGAGCACUUGAAUUUGGCGGUGUUACGGGAAUUAGUACUUUUCAAGUUCCCGCUAACUUCAGGAACCUAAAAGAUUUUUGAUUAGAAAAGUCGUUUGUAUAAAUAAUAAAAGCGCACAUCAUAGUAAAUAUAGCUAAUAAACUCCUUGCCUUGCUUAGAAUCUGAAAAAAAAAUAUAAUUAUACAGGGCCCUAAUAGGGUUUACCCUAUUUUUUCAGUUAAAUUUUGCAUGUAUUCAAAUUCGGAUUUUUGGAAUUUUUUAAGUGGAAUAUAUCGUUAACGGGUUGACGGAAAUCAAAAAUGUUCACACCGAAAUGUAUUUAAAGUAAUACUCCAUCUAUUUAUUGAAAUUUAAAUAUAGUUUCUCAUUUGGAAAAUUAAAGUUUGCUAUCGCCACAGGAAAAAAACUCUUUAAAUGUUGUACGAAAAUCUAAGUAUUCGAAAAUAUCGGCUUUAAAUACGCUCAGAAUUUGAAUAUAUACAAUUUAACCGAAAAAAAAAAAAAAAAAAAAAAAAAUAAUGUGACAAACGCUCUAAGUGAAUCGACCUGUAUGAACGAGAAAUCAAAUGCGUCCGGCGAUCGAAAAUUAUUGGUACAGUCGUUCGCCGCGUACGUAUUGCGCGUAGUGCGCCGCGGUCGUCGAAAAAUAAACGGUCGUCACAAAUUAGCCGAGUUUUUCGAAAAAGCCGCUGAAAGACGGACCGUUUCCUGAGCGUGUCCGGUGACAAAACACGAGCGCGUCGCAAAGUAAAGUAUAUUUUUAAUUGCGAAGAAUAAUGAAAUAACAUUAAAUUCCGACGGUAAUCGCCCUGUAUUAUAAUACGUAUUUAAAGGACGGCGAAACGUCAGGAUCUCGAGCGACCAGGCACGUCCCUAUGGAAGGGGGGGGGCGAUUGGGCAAUCGCUCCUCUCCCCUGAGAGAAGUGGACUUAUAUCGGCAUAGUCAUAUUAUUUUCAACUGUGUUAUUUGUUGUAGUUCAGUUUAAAAUAUUCAUAGAGACUUAAAAUUUGGGCAGAAAACUUAUAUUUGCUAUUUUUACGUGGUAAAACUGUAAACAAAUUUGAACCAUAUUAUAUUUAAGCACAUUAUAGACACUUUAAUUGUGUGAGUAAUUUUUAUUCAGUAGGUAAUCUGUGAAUAAAAUUGUUAGACAUAACAAAAAUGCUUGAAAUCAAAAAAAAAAACAUUAAUUUAAUGUUGUUAAUAAUGUUUUUUUACAUAUAUGAACUUUAUUUGUAACCAAAUGUUGACGGAAAUUGUUUUAGUGAUAAAUGAUGUGAAAUCCAGUCAUUGGUCCACACAAAUUGUUUCAAUAUAAUAUUUAUUGUACUGUAAUAUGUAAUGUACAUAAUAUAUUGAUAUAUAUUGUUGAAAAGCAAUGCUAUUACCGAGCUCCGCCCAGAAUCGUUUUUCAUUAGCAGUGUUUAAUUUUUGCCAACAGUAACACAUUCAAUUUCUCGCUGCAUAUUCUACCUCGGAAACGUCCCUGCGGGCGAAUGAAAUAACAUUACAUCAAAAUAAUACUCGGACGCGUGACGUCCGCCGCCACCGCGGUUACCGUCUGCGAUUACACAUUGUGUGUGUGUUACCGGGUUUCGAACGGUUCGUGAUGAAAAAAAAUAAAAAAAAAAAAAAAAAAAACAUAAAAGAACACGGAGAAAGAACGAUUCCUUUGUCGACGACGCGUUACGGAUACUCGUGUUCAAUUAUUGUUAUUGUUAUUAUUAUUAUUUUCGUUGUGUCGUCGCGUGUUAUACGGACCAUGGCGGCGAUGACCGCGACGACGGCCCGUAGUAAUAGCGUCGUCGCGCGACCGGACGUACCGUUUUCCGUUUCCGCAUCCGACGGCCGGACGAAAAAAGUCUCGCGCGCGCCGUGCGGGAUCGCGCGAAAUUCCGCGGACGCCGUAACUGGGUCGACCAAAAACACUAUGCGGUAACGCGGUUAUUACCGUAAUCGCGAUCGUUUUUUAGCUUCGCGGCACGGUGUUUUCGCGUGUUCGAUCAUCGUGUACGAUGAUGCGGGUAAUGACCGCAAUGCCGUACGCCUAAUGGACACGACGGCCCGGCGUAAGGUACACGUCGAAAAAAAACGUACCGAUUUUAGAUUCCGAACGAGAAACGUGCGACGACGGUUCUACUUGUUGGGGCGUGUAACCGUUUCAUUUUAGAUUCUGAAUGGAGCGAAAAAGUUUAUGGUUUUACAAAGAUGUUUAUUUUUUAAUUUUUUUUUUUUUUUCUGUGGACAUUUUCACUGCCACUGAAUAUUGGUUUUGGAUGUUCCCGGUAAACGGGAAAAUAUUCGAAAUGUAUAACGUGGCAUUUUAAAACAUGCGUAAUCGAAUUACGUUCGUUACCAAAGAUUAAUCGUUGCACUUCAAUGAUGUUUGAAUAGCUUUAUAGCUUUGUAAUCUUAAUCCGAUGUAGUUCAAGCUAUAGCGGAAAUUAUCAAAAAUUAUUAUUUAUUUUUUUUUAUCAUCAGUAUUGUAAAAAAAAGUUACAUAGUAUAAUUUAACUUUUAUCGGCAUUAGAAUAACACGUGGUGAUAAUAUACUAAAUCUUCUGUCUAUCUAACAAACAAUAUAAUAAACAUUUUUUCCCGUACUUCUAUUAACACACGCGGGUUUAAAGACGAAUUAAAUUUUAUAACUUUGAUGGUGUAAAAAAAUAAACAUUUGCCAUAAACGAUUGGUUAACAUAAUAAUAAUUUACGUAUAAAAUAGGUAGGUAGAUAGAUAGGUAGGUGUCUUUUGUAUUUUGUGUGAUUGUUUCAUUCGAAUGGGUUUGCUGUGAACCGAUACAUAAGGAUUUUACACUAUCCUAAUAUACAUCAUACAGCCGUACAAGUAAGACAUAUUUAUUUCUGUAUUCUAAUUUUCGUUUAAAUACUAAUAAGUAAUAAAUUUAAUUAUUUUUACUUAAAUAUAUCUAAUUUUCUGUUUGUUUUAACCACUAUGUUUGGCUUUAUUUAAAUCAUUUUUUUAAAAUAUUGUUAUUUCAAUGCAUAGCGAUUGAUAUUUAACAUUUUUUUUAUUUUUUUUAUUUAUAUUCACUACGUUUUGCUUUUAUAAAGUUUAGACAGAGAUGAGCGCUCGGUAAAUUUACGUAAAUAUUACCGAGAUGUUUAUUAUCCAAACUUUUUUUUUUACCGUUUAUAAAAUCGAGUGACUCCUCAUUCUUAAUGUUUUCCUAGUGUUAUAACUUUAGACCAUUUACAAUAAUAUUAUUAGAUAAUAUUACUAUCUAAAGACUAAGAUACAUAAAUAAAAAUACACAUGCAGUGUACUGUAUAAUCGGUACACAGAAACACAUAUUAUACAUUUUUUUUUUUUAAUAAAAAAAAGAAUAAGAACAUAUCAAUUAGUAAUUAGUUAUUAUAUUAGUUAAUACUAGUGAACAAUAUUCGCAGUAGUCAAGACAUGAGGAAUUUAUCAAUUUACCGAAUUUUACGUAAAUUGUACUUGUAAAUUUACCGAAAAAUGUUUUACCGGUAAAAUCCACACCUAUAAGCAUAAGUAGUGUAAGCUAAUUUAUGAUUUUGCCUGUUUGUCCGUAUUUCCUCUAUCUCCCAUAUGACAGUGAAUUAUUUUACUACCAUUAAUUAUUAAUAUCGGUUGUAUUGUAUUGCCUUUGUAUGAAUUAUAUUUAAUGUGAAAUACUGAAUAAAUAAAUAAUAAUUUAUUGCUGUUAUCUCUAAACGAUCAGCAAGGCUCUAAAGAAGAUCCCAAUUGGUUUUUAGUAAAACCGAUGAAAACACAUGUUAGACAAAUAUUUUUUCUUAUUUAUCAUGAAACUAUUUUGAAUAAAUUUGACUAUAGCACUCUGAGAAUCCUUGAAAAACGUUUAUAGUUUGAGCCGCAAUAACAGUUGAGGUGGAGUAAUAGAAUAUAAUCGGUUUUCUGUGUAUAUAAAGUAAGAAAAUAUAGGAUAAUUAUAUAAAAUGAGAAACUUGAGUUACAAAAAAAAUUACAAGUUAAUUUUGUUUUUUUUUUUUUUUUCAUAAUUUAAAAUCCGGACACUAAAUUAUUGGUGACAAUAAUUCAAUUAAAUUGAAUUGAUAAUUUGACCAAAGGGUUGUAGAACUGUUGGCCCUAAUGUACUCACCUAUUGCGAUAUAUGAGAUAAUUAAUAACCAAUGGGUGUAGUAAGUGGAAUAAUCUAUAACAGUUAACAAAUACAAACAACCAACACUCAUUUUUCAUUUGUAACGCCACGAAACUCAAUGAUGAAAUAGUAAACUAGUUAGACAGGUAGGUAUGUAUAACAUAAUUAAAUGUAUUUAACAUAAGUGCGUUGUUGCAUACGAGUAUUUCCUACUAUCACUGAUACCGAGGAAAAAUGUUAUCUCCAGUAGAUAAUUAUUUAUGGUAAAAGUUUUAACGAUUAUUUAAACGAUUUUCUUAAAUAACUAAAAUACGAUUUAAGUCUCUUAAUUUAUGACUGACACUGUCCCAGGUUAGUGGGAAAACCGGUCAUCUAAGUAUUGUUCCAAGCAUAUUUGUAAAAAUCUGAGGCUUUGCCAUAAUGUUGUCAUCGAGUUUGUUUUUGCAUUUAUUUUAAUGCCAUAAUAAUUGAAAUUGCAUUACUUGAGAUAAAUUAUUUUUGUUUAGGUGGUCGAUUCUCCCCUAACAAUGUAUUGGUGGAAUAUUUUUUGGUUAGUGACAUGCAUACGCUUUACGUAUUGUGGAAAUAUUGCACCACCAACCACCUCCUUAAAUACUGAUUGGUGGGAACAUUCAGUAAUUUACGAAAUAUUCUUGUUGUCUUUUAAAGAUACGGAUGGCGAUGGAUCGGGUGAUUUUAAAGGUAUUUUUUAUUAGUAUUAUUUAUUGAAGGUUUAAAAGAUUGUAAAUACGUUUAAAUAUGUUGUUUUUAGGUGUAAUCGAAAAAUUGGAUUACAUUGUAGAUCUAGGAGUGACUGCAAUUUGGUUAACGCCAUUUAUGAAAUCACCAUUAAAAUCAGGUGGCUAUGAUAUAACUGAUUAUCUCAAUGUACAAACAGUUUUUGGUACAAUAGAUGACUUUAAAGAUCUUUUAUCCGAGGCACACAAAAAAAGUAUUACACUGAUUAAUUUAAUAAUAUUUUAUUAAACUAUAAUUCAUUUUCUUCUUCUUCUUCUAAUUUCAACAAUUUGAAAUCAGUCCUCUCCACCAUAAACAUCCACAUAAACAGAUCUUUCACAUCAUCCUCACACACACCAGCAGUUCUCAUAUUAUUCUAAAUCGUCUUAGAUUGUCUCUUUAUCAGUCCAGCUUUCUCUCAUUUCUCCUACGUUUAUUUUCAUUAACAUUAUUACUGUUUUCGAUUUCUCUCAUUUACGUCAUAUCUAAACCACCUCGGUCAAUUUUUAACAUUUUGUUCACUAACUUUUUCAUAUUCUUAUCGAUAAUACUUUUUAUACACCAUAUAUUUGAAUCUUGUUUCUCAAACUUUAGAUAAUCGAUUAACCUACUUUUUUCUAGUCUCUCAUACAACUCAUCAUUCAAUGAUAAAUUAAUAAUUAUAAAAUAAUUUCGUUGUAGAUAUAAAAGUUAUUAUGGAUUUCGUUCCUAAUCACACAAGCGAUGAACACCCUUGGUUCACAAAUUCUAUCAAAAAAAAUGAUAAAUAUGCUAACUUUUAUAUAUGGAAAGAUGCCAAAAAUCAAGCUGAAGUAUUGAAAAACAACGAGAUAAAACCUGAAGUUCCAAAUAACUGGGUAAAUCACUCAUAUUAUAAAUGAAUUGAAGUUAUACACGUGUUUAAGUAUUUUAUAAUAUAUGCUAUAAUAAAGAGGAGGGAUUACUUUUAUAUUAACAAUAUCUUAAACUACCAACCUCGUGGUUUGCCAAUAGACACAGUAGUAGUCAUUCUUAAAAUAAAUUAUGGAGUAUGUUACCUUAUAAUUAAAUUCUAAAAAAUUAAAAUCAAAUUUACAUGCUUCCAAAAUCAAUAACUUUCUUUCGGUUGUUUUGUGGUAGAUAUUUAUAACCGCAAACGAGAAAUAUUUAAUAAAAUAAUAAAGUAAAAACAAUAUUAUUAAAUGGUUAAUAUUUGUAUAUAAAUAUAUAAAUAAAUUUAGGAAAUAUUUAUAUUUCCUUCAGAAUUAAUCUAUUUGUUUAUAGUUAACCCAUGAAUUAAUAUAGUACAGAUAACCGAGAUUCGAGAUUUUACACAGUAUAAAAUUUGUUCUCCGUGGCACAACGUAAAACAAAUAUUGUUCAUAGGUACACAGUUUUACAUUUAUACAUAGUAAUUUUAUAUUGUAAAUUUAUUUAUAUUUUAAACUGUGUUCUAUAGCAUAGAUUUAAGUUUAAUCAUUCCGCUACUCCAUUGAAACAUAAAUAUCAUUAAACGAUUUAAUCAAUUGUUCAUUCAAAAUAUUGACUCCCAGUAAUGACUAAACAGUCAUAUCCAUUGAAAUGAACAGUGGUAAUGAAAGAAUUAAAGUUCCAAAAUUUGGAGGCUAGAGAUCUGGGUUUAUUUAACCAGUCGUUCACUCAUGUAACUAUGUCAACUAAUUCCGAUAAUAAUUUUGCGAUGACGUCAACAUCAGAUUUAAUAUAGCUCGUGGGUUAUUUAUAAAUCUUAAAUUCGUACAGUAAUCUAAUAAACUAACGAAACCUAUUACAUAUUAUAAAUACCUUAUAAAACUAAAUAAAUCAUAGUCAGUUUCUACAUUAAUAUCAUUAUUAUACGCCUAUUGAAUUAUACAAGUAUGUUCUACAGAUAGUGAAUACAUAUUAUCACGUUUAAUUAUAACUAAUUGCAGAAAAGGAUUUGCAGUUACGGUAAUGACACCUCCGCUUGGAUUUGGCAUCCUAUUCGUAAACAAUUCUAUUUUACUCAGUUUGCACCAAAUUUACCAGAUUUAAACUUUCGCAACGAAGAUGUUCAAAAGGAAAUGAGGAAUGUUUUGAAUUAUUGGCUGAAUUUAGGAGUUGAUGGCAUUCGAGUAGAUGCUUUAAAACACGUUUAUGAAACAGAGGAUUUACUAGAUGAACCUGUUAUUGAUCCUACUAAGUUGGUAGAUUACAUGAAUUUAGACCAUAUUUAUACAGUUGAUCAAGAAGAAGUAUAUGAUUUGAUUGAGCAAUGGCGUUUAUUAAUGGAUGAUAUUAAAAAACCUUAUAAUAAUACAAGGUAGGUAACUAGAUAUAUAAUAACAAUUUAUUUUUACAGUUUCUUCAUUUAUUCAUUUUUGUUAAUGUUAAAUAUUCUUUAAAAAAAAAAAAAAAAAAAAUUUAAUGGAAUAAUGUAAUUUUCAUUUACUCCUAAUUAUAAAUCAACUUCAAUCAAAUAUCAACACAUUUCAGCCGGAUAGACUAAUACCAGGUUGCAUAAACAACUGGUUGGUUAUUUUUAUAAGAAUUCUCGUGUGCCACGGCCAACUGUAGUGUGGUAUAGGCCUAUAGACAACUGUAGCAUAUAUGGCCUACAGUCCUGAUUGACAUUUAGCUGAAACGCAUACUAAGCAGAAUAUAUUUAAUUUAAUAUCUUUUUAGUUUUUUUAACACUCUCGUUUACUUAUUCCGUUUUAUUACUAAUUCCAAAAACUGAUUUAAAAAUCAGAACCGAAAAAUAUUGCAAACCGAAACUGAAACCGUAAAAAUUGAUAACGGUUUAGAGUUCUGAUUUUAACAAAAAUGUGCUCACUCGGGAAUAGCAAUAGUAGAUAGAGUGGUUAGUAGCAGAUGGAAGAAUGAGAGUAGAGGUAGUAAAAGUCCUUAGGUGACUGUAAAAGCUCAAAAAGAAGAAGACAGCAGUUGUCGAUACACUGGGUUUAUACGAGUAUUUAUUGAUUUCUGAGGAGAACUGUUCGUAUCUAAUAUUAAAAAUUGACAUUUGUGUUUAAGAAAAUGUAAGUUUUGAUUCAAGCGUAAUUGCUGCUAGAGUUUAAAUCUUAAAAAUACAAUUAUUUUACUUCACUCAAUUUUCCUAAAAACUUUCUGCUUCAAUCUAAGUCCAACCGAGUGAAAUAUUUCGUGUUAUCUAUUGGUGCACACAAUGCUUUACUGCAAUAAUAAUUAUUAAUAUAAAUAAAGGUAUUUUUUUGAUAUAAUAUUCUUUUUUCAGGAUAAUAAUGACUGAAUCAUUUAGUUCAAAUAAUAUUUUAUUCAAAUAUUACGAAAAAGGCGCUCAAAUACCAUCAAACUUUAAUCUUAUGGACGCUAAACCUGUACGUAAUGUUAGUGUCAUUGAUAGUAAAAUACGGAAUUGGAUAACUCAAAUGCCAAAUGGAGCAAUAUAUAAUGUAGUGGUGAGGAUAGAUAUAUAUACGUAUACACGAUAAACCUUGUCAAUAGCGUGGUGACGAGUCAUGAUUUCUAUGAUUUCAAUGAAAAAAAAAAAAAAAAACAAAACCAAAAUGAAAUGUUUAUUUAUUAUUAUUCAUAUUUCUUCGAUUAACUACAAAAAAAAGUAUACUAGUUACUUGUUCAAUAAUAUAUGAAAAUAUGCUACAAAGUUAUAUAAAUAUGAAAAUCAUAGAAAAAUGUCCGGAGGAAAAAUAGUCAAUAAAAAAUGUCUGAAAUUUAAAAAAAAAUAGUGUAUUAAUUAUAUGCAAUAAAUAGGUCUGUGGAAUUUAUAAAAAUACAAUUGAUCAACUAUAUAAUAUCAUUAUAUUGUGACCAGUCUGCCAAACCAUAUAGUUACAAUAUCGUAGAAAUAAAAUAUAGUUAUAUUCUUUGGAUAUAUUAUGUUCCUGGGACAUAAUUUUAUCCUUCGGACAUUUAUAUUUUCAAUGACCGUAAUUUCAAUUUGUGCAGAGUGCGAAUGCUUGAAACUUUGUAGAUGCCACUUCAUACAUGGCCGUAUUGUGUUCAGACUUUCUUAGUUCUUUUAACGGGUGGGGUCACCAACGAUUUGUAUAUACUAACAACGGUGCAAUAACAUUAAGGAUACCGAAAAAUUACCAGUAGAGUCCCGAGUCCCGAGUCCCGAGUCAAAAGAGUUUAUUAUUUUUAAUUUCAGCUUAUAUUUAACCAAAUUAUAUAUAUAAAAAAAAAGAAGAAAAUCGAAAAUAGUGCAAGCAAUAUUACUGUAAAUGUCCGUUUUUACUACUUUUUUCAAUGUUUUUCCCGAUUAUCAAGAAAAUCGAAACAAUCAAAAAAUGACCACCCCGAUGAAUCAACCAGAAAAUAUUUGUUUUGUAGAAAAGAUACUACAGUUUAAAAUCGAUGAAAAUUUCUGGUAUACAAAUUGUUAAAAUAGAAAAAAAAAUAAAAAAUAAGACCAAUACAUUCCUCACUGCACUCAGAAUCUAAUAUUCAAUACAUACCGGUUUAUUUAAAUUAAGUUAUUACUGGUAGGUGCCUGCGCUAAAAAUAUAUAGUAAUUCAAUGAACAUUAAAUAUUUAUUGAUAGUUUUUUUUAUGAAAAGUGUAGGCUCCCAAUUUAAUAAUUAAUUAAUAAUUCUAUAUUUCAAUUUAGUUACAAAAUCACGAUUGGAAAAGAAUUCCUACUAGGUUUGGUACAGAACUAAUCGAUGGAAUUAAUGCUCUUUCAUUGUUUCUACCUGGUGUGUCGAUAAUUUAUUACGGACAAGAACUUGGUAUGGAAGAUAUACCCUCUGACGUAAACUAUUCAAGAUCACCCAUGCAGUGGGAUGACACAAAAUACACAGGUACAGUGGAACAAUAAAUGUAAAAAGCUGAUUCGUUAAUUUUUAGUACUAAAAUAUGUUAUAAUAUUUUAAACUACAACAGUCCUAAUAAUAGUUUAUUAUUUUUAUUAUUAUUAUUAAUCAUAUAAUAUUAACAGUAAUGGUAUUAUGAAUCAGUGGCGUAUCCAGGGGGGCACAGGGUCCAUGCCCCCCUCAUUAAACGUAUUUACUAUUUUUUUGUUUUAAAGAUUUAUAUUUAUUCGUAUACAUGAACGCAUACUAACAUAUAUCUUGUACCAAUUAAUAUUCUGUGUUUAUACCAGUAAUCACCAUCACCGUUAUCACGUUACAUUAACGUCGUUCCAGAGUUCCAGAUGGGGCCAGUCAGUAGUUAUAGUAGUUACACAGAUGUUUUGGUGACACAGUUUGACGAUCUCCGUACCACAAUCCGUUGUGUAAAUAGUGUAAUCAGUUAUCCAUUAUCAGUAUUCAGUAUAUCUACAACCGUGGUCGUUACGUAAAAUACGUAAAAUGUGUAUUAUAUAAGCCUGACGUUAACGCGAAAUUCGACCAUAGUGUAAAUUAUUGAAUUAUUCUGUAAGCAGUAAUUAUUACACAUUUUUUAUAUUCAAAACUAAAAUACUAACUAUAGAACAAAUAACAAUAAUUAUGUCUGAAAAGAGACCUAUGUCAUAUUCGAUUUUCAACACGAAGAAAAAUGACAGUUUGUGCCCAUUCCCCUAAAAAAAAUUCUGGAUACGCCACUGUUAUGAACUAGAUAGACGAUUAUAAUAAUGUUAGCAGCUAUAAAUAAAUAAGCGAUAUUGUAGGUUUCACUGAUGCGAACAAUACGCAUGGACCGUGGAUUGAGGUGCAGACAAAUUACAAGACGAGAAAUGUACAAAAUGAAAGCAACGACCCAAAAAGUUAUUUAAAUUUUUACAAAUCAGUCAUGAAAUUACGUCAAACUGAAACUUUAAAUAGAGGAGGGUUGGCCACUUACAUUUUUAACGACACAGUAUACGUUCUGAACAGGUAAACCGGAAACUAUAAACGUUUAUAAAUUUUAUUUUGUAUUGUUUUAAUGUAUCUACAAAUAAUAAUACAGACAGCUGACACAGUUAUAGUUGAUGAGUGCAAUAUUUACAACAUAAUAAUAAUUACUCUGUAAUGUUUACAUAUUUUCAUUAUUUUGUCUUCUCGCCCCUUCAAUGAAAAAGAAGAGGCUUGUCUCUUCAACACCUAAUGUAAAAAUAAUUAAAUGUCAAUUAAUUAAGCCGCAAUAUUUGAUAUUUUCAAGUUCAAAGGCAUGGUAAUAUAUUUACUUAAAAUAAAACGUAAAUAAUAUGUUAAAAGGUUAAAAAUAACAAUUACACUGAAAAGUUGAUCGAAUAUGUGGUUAGUAGAAAAACCGGCUAAAUUUGAAAUAUAAAUUGUUGUAUUUAAAUUUGUUAUGUCUCAUAAUAAAAAUAGAUCCUACUUUUGAUAUUUGAUACUUUAAAUAUUCUCCAGUCGUAGUUAAACUUUAAAGAAUGUGCAAACGCAAAUCCCGAAGCCUAUAGUGACCACUAAUAAAAUUUAAAAUAGUAAUAUUAAUAAUAAUAAGAGGUUUUUUUAUAUUCAUCUACUAAUGGAGUGUGUUAACAUAUAUUACAGAUUUUUACCGGGUUUUAAUAAUUAUACGUUAGUAAUCAACAUGAACAUAAAUUGUUCAAAACAAGUACGCCUAUCGGAUCAAAUACAAGAUCUGCAAGAUACCUUGACUGUUGUUGUGGGAUCUGAAAACUCAAAUUUCAAUUCUGGGUUAGUAAUGUAUUUAAAAUUUAUUUUAAACAAUUUUUUUCAAAGCAGUAAUAUUAACAUUUUUUUUUUUUUGAAUUUAAUGAUUCCUGCGUUCAAUAUUUUGGAGCAUUUAAUUACUAUUUUUUAUACCACCCGGUUUCCGAUAGACAUUUUUCUAUUAGUUUCAAUGAAAAUUAAACAACGCUGUUUCCAAAUGUGUACAAUAUUUAAAUAAUCCAAAUAGUUUUUAAACCAGAUCGGUUUAAUAAGCAAAUAAUAGUAAUAUAUGUUAUUUUUUCAUUUUUAGAAAAAUGAUAUCAGUUACUGAGCCAUUGAUAUUAAACCCUGGUGCCACAAUUAUACUUACUGAGAACACACCUCCGUCUAAUUCUACUAUGCCAUCAUCUGGAAUGCAGUCAUGCACGUCAUUUAUAGUUCUACUACCUGUAAUUUGCUUGAAAUUCUUAAUCAACCAUAUGUUUUGUAAUAUUUGAUCGUCAAUCAUAGAUUUAAAUUAAUUCAAGUCCAUAAAUCUGCCAAGCCAAGGCGAAUGAAUGGAUGAAUUGAUGUAUAAUAUUUAUUGUUAAUCUAGUAUAUUAUGGAUAAAUUCGUAAUGUGCCAAUAUUAUUAGUAUUUAAUAAAAUAAAUGCGCUAAAAUGUGAAAUUAUUUACACUAUAUAAAAUCAACUUUCGCCGGUUUUGGUUUAUUUUGUACAGGAAGUUAUAUAAUUCGGAAUACUAACUGAUAACCUACAACGAUUUGUUUAUAAUUCAAUUUCAAAUAUAUAAAUAUUCAUAUUUAAAAAUAUUACAGUUCAUAGUAAAUAACGGCCUAUACUUGACCAUUAUCUGUUAAUUUUGUUCGCGUUCACAGCCGAGAAACCUGCGUUGAAUUUAUAAAUUAUUACAAAUUAUACUAUAGAAUAAUAUACGUUGCUGUAGAAUAAUAACAACAGCGCGUGAAAUUUCUUACUUACAGGCUGUUAGGAUUUUUAUUAUUUUUUUUUUUUUUUUAUAAAGCUCGUCCAAUAUACUAGUUAUGUUUAACACAGGUAUAUACUGUUGACAAACCGAUGUUUUUGUACGCGUCAAGUGUUUCUCUAAUACUGUUUCGUUUUCGCCAUAAGAACCAUUGUUCAAAUAAACAUAUUGUUUAUUCGACCGUUUAAAUUGUAUGUUCGAUACGUGCAAUGUCCGGACAUUUCUCAACCGUCGCAAAAACAUUGAUUUACUAAAUGCUGGUCAUACUAAUCUAUUACAAAGGGGGAUAUGGUAAACACAAACAGUGGCAGCUUAGGUUUUUUAACAGAAGGAUGGGUAUACGUGUAUAUAACUGAAUAAGACGGAUAUUAUAUACUUGGAUAGCGGGAUCAGUUGGAUACGCUUAAAUGUGUUUGCAAAAGGUCAUUUAUUUAACAAUUAAACAAGGAAAACGUUGUUUUUUUUAUCAACAAAUAGUUAGACGGUUCUAAUAAUUUAACCAGAGUCAUGCAUGACGCUCGUAAGCUCUUCCACUGUACAUAAAAAUUGGACGAGUAUUUAUACCAUCAUAUUCUCAGUUAAGUUAAUUGAAAACAAAUUAAUACGCUAAAAGCGAAAUAGUUCAUGUUAACUAACUGCAUGUAAUUAAGUUAUAAGUCAAUUUUAAAAUAGCAUUAACUAGCAGAUAAAAUUAAUAUUAUUUUUUCUUUUGGUUUUUGUAAAAAUAACAAUAAUACUAAACAGGGGUUUAUUUGUUCCGGGCAUAAAAAAUUACAUACCAAGUGCUUAUUUUAAACUCAGAACUCCAUAAACAUUAUUGAGUAAAAAUUAAUUUGUAUACAGUGGUACUUAUUCAAAUUGUAUGUAUUGAUUGUUAUUAAAAAUAUUGUGUUGC